AUGUCGGAAUCGCCUGAGAGACGUCAUUAUCGGCGAGAUUCUCGUUCACCACGAAGAAGAGAUUAUGUGUCCAAGGGCGCUGGACGAUCGUCUUCUAGACGUAGAUCACCCGCACCAAAACAUCAAAACAGAGAUAGCAGGCCUAGAGAUAAUGGUUAUGGUGAUAGGGAACGAAUAAAAGCCGGAUACAGUGAGAAGGAAAGAGAAAAAGAAAGAGCCGGUGAUAGGAAAAGGUAUGAUGGAGACGUUACGAAAGAUGAUUCAGAUAAGCAACUGAUAGAAGCUGAAAAACCAAAUUUCGGUAACUCAGGUUUAUUGGCCAAAGAGACAAACACUAUAAAAGGCGUAGAAGUGAAAUAUAAUGAACCUGCUGAAGCUAGAAAACCGACUCAAAACUGGAGGCUAUACGUAUUUAAAGGUUCUGAACAAGUUGAUCUCAUUCACAUAUAUAGACAAUCAUGUUACUUGAUAGGAAGAGAUACAGUAAUCACCGACAUACCUAUCGCUCAUCCGUCAUGCUCAAAACAACAUGCCGCUAUACAGUACAGGCAAAUCUCGGAGAAGAGUGAAUAUGGAGAUGUGACGACAUCAGUGAAACCGUUCGUUAUCGAUUUAGAUUCUACAAAUGGUACAUAUGUCAACGACAUUGAGAUACCGAAAUCAAGGUAUUACGAGCUGAGAGGAAGUGACGUGAUCAAAUUUGGAACUAGUUCGAGGGAAUACGUUCUGCUAGCGGAAGACACGCAAACAUAA